CAAUUUUUGUUGCAGGCGAAGAGGUAAAUGCGAGCGCGGGGGAGAGCAGCGGCUACCAAAUCUUCUAGAGAAGAGACUUGAAUCUUGUGUUUGGGUAAUUUUAGUCUCCGGAAGAUGUCGUGCAUUAGUUGCCCGAUUUCCCUUUACUCGCCAGCCUCUGUUGCUCGGAAUUCGGCCAUUAGUUCUCGGUCCAAAUCGAAGCCCUUCGCGAUCCGAUGCACCGUCGGAGAGUAUAUAGAAGCACCAAAAGUUGCUAGUGUAACUGAACCACUCCUAUUGAAUGCUGUUCGUGGUGAAAAAGUUGAAAGACCCCCAGUUUGGCUUAUGAGGCAAGCCGGGAGGUACAUGAAGAGUUAUCAGCUGCUCUGUGAAAAAUAUCCUUCUUUUCGUGAAAGAUCAGAAAACGUUGAUCUUGUGGUUGAAAUCUCUCUGCAACCUUGGAAGGUUUUCAGGCCUGAUGGGGUUAUAUUGUUUUCAGAUAUCCUUACCCCACUUCCUGGGAUGAAUAUACCAUUUGACAUUGUUAAAGGAAAAGGUCCAGUAAUAUACAGUCCUAUUAGAACAGCUGAUGAUGUAGCUCAAGUCAGAGAGUUUGUUCCUGAGGAGUCGGUUCCAUAUGUUGGUGAAGCAUUGACAAUACUCCGGGAAGAGGUUAAAAGUGAUGCAGCUGUUCUGGGCUUUGUUGGAGCUCCAUUCACCCUGGCAUCUUAUGUCGUUGAAGGUGGUUCAUCUAAGCAUUUCACGAAGAUAAAGAGGCUGGCUUUUUCUCAACCACAGGUUCUACAUUCACUGUUACAGAAAUUUACAAAUUCUAUGGCCGAGUACAUCAAGUAUCAAGCUGACAAUGGGGCACAAGCUGUCCAGAUUUUUGAUUCUUGGGCAACCGAACUAAGUCCCGUGGACUUUGAAGAAUUUAGUUUGCCUUAUUUGAAACAAAUUGUGGAUUCAGUGAAGAAGACGCACCCUGAUCUACCAUUGAUUCUUUAUGCAAGUGGUUCAGGAGGCUUGCUCGAGAGACUUCCAUCGACAGGCGUCGAUGUUGUCAGCUUGGACUGGACAGUAGACAUGGCUGAAGGUAGGAGAAGACUGGGAUCCGAUAUCGCAGUCCAGGGAAAUGUCGACCCUGGUGUUCUUUUUGGAUCAACGGAGUUUAUAACCGAGCGAAUUAACGAUACAGUAAGAAAGGCAGGUAGCAGCAAGCAUAUAUUGAACCUCGGUCAUGGCAUUGUAGUGGGAACCCCCGAGGAAAAUGUUGCGCACUUUUUUGAAGUGGCAAAAGGGAUCAGAUACUAACAUUUUUCUUCAAUUAAAUUCUCUCUUUGUACUCGUCGACCGAAGCUUCCCAGUUGUACCUUUGAGCUUAGAUUUAAGGAUCAAUAUGUCUUGAUCUUAGAUUCUUGGUUAUAGAAUUGAAAUUUUCUUCUA